UCCCGGCGGGGGGAGCGCGGGGCGGGGAGGGGACGAGGCAAAAGCUCGGUGCAUCGCCGGAAAUGCACUGCACAGAUGCACACGAUCCUUUGAGACCUUUUCGCGUCCCGUCAUAGUCCCGACCCGCGCGAAGACUGGCCCGUUCGUUCCGCUCGCCCCCGUGCCUCGAAGCUCCGCGCAGCUUUUGAAAGUUCCGCUUUGGAUUUUGUGCCUCUUGUCGAUAUUUCUCUUGAACCCUAACCCGAAAUGCAGCAAGAAUCGCUCUCUACUUGAACAUGAGACAGGACUCGGUGGGGAUGGAUGAAGAGGGGGAGGACGCAGGACCCGCCUGGGACCUGAAUUCCAUCAAGGAGGAGGAGUUCGAGCGUCACGUGGUGUACAUCGUGCCUGAUUUGCCUGUUAACCCGGCUUCCACGAAUCGCGCCGAGUCCUCUUUGCCCAGGAACCUCGUUCUCAAACCUUCGCAGGCACUCAACGACGUAUUGGGCGUAUGGAGCACAAGUUACAUACCCAGAGGAACACGGUUUGGUCCGUUUGUCGGAGAGGUCUACGCUAAAGAUGCUGUGCCCAAGUCAGCAAUUCGAAAAUAUUUUUGGAGGGUUCAAAUCAAAGAUGAACCAGGAACGCCCUCUUCAACUAAGGACAGGGAUAAUCAACUUUUUUACUACAUAGACGGUUAUGACGUUACCAAAUCUAACUGGAUGCGAUAUGUAAAUCCUGCAUAUUCAGCCCAGUCACAAAACCUAAUAGCAUGUCAAUACAAGAUGGAUAUUUAUUUUUACACCAUUCGGCCAAUUUUACCGAACCAAGAGCUGCUCGUAUGGUACUGCCGGGAGUUUGCUGAGCGGCUCAACUAUCCAUCCAGUGGAGAGUUAAUGAUGCAGAAAAUACGUCAGCAAGUCAAAUACUGCAGUCAGCACCCAGCCCUGGCCCCACCCGAGACGGCAGAUCAACACCCCCGCAGCUCGCCGACCACCAGGAGCCUCGGCGUCCUCAAGUACACCGCCUCCUCCUCCUCCUCCUCCUCCACCUCCUCCCACCCGACACCCGCCUCCAUCCCCCACACAUCCCACACAACUCCCUCCGCCCACACAACCCCCAGCACCCACCCGAGCUCGCAGUUCUUCCACCCCCAAGAGUGCAAGUACCCGGAGCCGCAAUUCAUGAAGCCGGAGCUGGCGUACCCGGAGCACCAGAGCGGGAGCGGGGAUUGGCGGGAGAUGAGCGUCCAGCUCGGCGACACUCCCGACGAGCAGUUGCUCAAGGAGCCGAGCAUGGAGGAGUUCCAGGCCUCCCACGGGAUACCCCCCGAGCACUGCCAGUUCGACCAGAGUGGGAGCGUCAGGUCCGACGAGGGCUACCACAGUAACGGGUACCAUGAUGAAGUCCUCGCGUCGCCCCAGGAGUGCAGCGACUCCGAGGAGGGGGACAAUAACUAUGUCUUAGAUUUUAGUAAAAAGCCAGCAGAAGCGUCACACGAGCCAGCGGACGCGGAGCUCCUGGAGGAGGCCGGCGAGGAUCUGGACAGGAGCAACGAAUACCGAAAGGUCAAGAUCAAAAUGCUCCGGGCCUCCUCGUACAUGUACUCGCGGGAGAAAGAGGCGGGGGCGCCCCUCCCAGCGGCGCCCUCGCGGUCCCCCUCGCCGUGCCCCUCGCCGGACACCGACGUCGACGCGCUCAUGAUCGACGAGGAGCGCGAGGGGGCGCCCACCUCCAUCCUGGAGAACAUCCUCAUGCGGAAGAAGCUCGGCCAAGGGGCGCUCGGCUCCGGAGGGGCGCCCAGUCCCCCGCCCUGCGCCUCCUCGCCCACGGAGAUGGCCUACUCGUACAAGAAGUCCCAUCGGUAUAGCAACCUCCCCAUGAGCCCGGACUCCACCGCCGAGAAGUUCGUCGGGCAAGAGUCCAUGCCAGCACAAAAGGCGGCGCCCUCCUCCUACGAGGCCGGGGAUCUCGGCUACUCGAGCAACUACUACUACCCGCACCUGAACCACGGCUCACCGGCGUCGUCGACCUCGUACCCAAGCACCUCCUGUUCGACGGGUCUCCCGGUGCUCAAGCCCUUGGCGCCCCUCCAAGUGUCGGUGACGGCGCCCCUGUCGCCGGACGAGGGCGGCGGGGGCGGGGUGGGGAGCCCGAUGAGCCCCAACAGCCAGGGGCGGGGCUACCGCUCGCUCCCGUACCCGCUGAAGAAGAAGGACGGGAAGAUGCACUACGAGUGCAACGUCUGCUUCAAGACCUUCGGGCAGCUCUCCAACCUCAAGGUCCACCUGAGGACUCACUCCGGCGAGCGGCCCUUCAAGUGCUCCGUCUGCACCAAGAGUUUCACCCAGCUGGCGCAUCUCCAGAAGCACCAUUUGGUUCACACAGGUGAAAAACCUCACCAGUGUGACAUUUGCAAGAAGCGCUUCAGUUCGACGUCAAAUCUAAAGACUCAUUUAAGACUACAUUCCGGACAAAAACCUUACGCGUGUGACCUUUGUCCCGCUAAGUUCACUCAGUUCGUCCAUUUAAAACUGCACAAAAGGCUUCACACCAACGAAAGGCCGUAUUUAUGCCAAGGCUGUAGCAAAAAAUACAUCAGUGCCAGUGGUCUCAGAACUCAUUGGAAAACGACAUGCUGCCGUCCACAAAAUUUUGAUGAAGAACUGUCGUUAGCGAGCUAUAGUGAUUUUGUGACGUCCGAUGUUGGGGGCCUGGAUGUCGCAAUCGAGAAAGAAGGUCAGGACAUGGAUUCAACAGUAGAAUACGGCUCGCAAGAUAUGCAGCUUCACCAACAGCAGAUGUGCUCGAAUAAAAACCCGAAGAAAGCUUCGAGGCCCUCCGUCAUAGAAAGUUCCCAGCUACGAGUGAUAGAAUGCACUUAAUUUGCUUCCUCCCCAUUUAAAAUAGUUACCUUACUUUUAACUUAACGAAAGCCUAAUUAAUUAUCGAUGGAUUGUUCCUGAAUGAGAAGUGUUGAAAAUUAAUUGUUUGUCAUUUAAGUAAUCUUCCAAUGAACUUUCAAUAUCGUUCAAAUAUGAUCUCAGUAUGACAUUGAUGAACGCUCUACUAUUUCAGAUACCUAAAAAUAAAUUCACAUGAUCGGUUACAGAUAUCAUAUCGCUUUAAAAUAAGCCGUUCAAUUUUCCAAAAAUGUUUACCAUCAAUAAAAAAGAGCACAAUUUAAAAUGAGUAACAUAUUUUAAGUUCAUGGAAGGAUUCCUAAUUGGAGAUAAUUAGCUGAUACUUGCAGAUACUUACAGGACCUCACCGAAAUUUUUAUACCGUCAUAAUAAAUGGGAUGUCUCGUCAGUUUAUCUUUCACGUAAGCUGAAAAUAUCAAACCGUCGAUUGUUCAAUUGAAAUUUAGGUAGUAGUUGUAAUAUUGGCCCUCAUUUGAAAGGGCGUGGUUUAAAGUAAUAGAAUGAUUCUAGACUGAGAUUUGUAGUGUGGAGCAGAGGGAGUCGAGAAAAUGCAUCAUAAAGAUCACACAAUUUCUACAGAGCAGUAAUUUUGAUGCAUACAUGUAAGCAUGCAUAGAGGGAUGAAGUCAACUUUUCAUGAGCGGUUGGGAGGAUUUAAUCAUACAACCAACUUACGUAGCUGCACAAAAUCCAUGCACAAGUGUAAUAUCAUCUGCCAAUUUUUUAAUAGAUCCUUUCUGCAGAAUAAUAAUUUCUUUGCCCAUAACAUUUUAUCGGAGCUGAACGUGUUCAACAUUGAGCACGGACGAAUGUAGACUCAUGAGUUUGUCAAGAGCAUACUUGGAACAAACACAUAACAAAGUCGGGGAGUUCAUUGCAAAUGUUCAUCGGAGAGAAAUAAAUUUUAAUAUUAUAAGGUUGUAAUGCUUGUAUUCUGUUUAACAUCUCUCUAAGCUCCAUUAGAGAAUCAGGAAAAAAAAUAUGAUGUUAAAUGAAAUAUUCCUUCUGAAGCUUAAAGAUAUCGAAUUUUACAAAAGACAGCGGAAAGUUGAAUUAUUGAAAGUUUCAGAGCUAACUUAAAAGCUGAUGAUUACUCCCAUUACUACUUCUGUGUGCUUUUUGAUCGAAUUAAACGCACAAAGGUUGUGUAGGACUGUAGGGCUUUUUGUUUCGCUUGCCGGGAAAAGGGAAAAACGAUUGGUUGUUGUCAAUAUAGUCUACGAUUGUGUACCUCAAAUUAAAAACGUGUAAUUUCUGUAAAUAGGAAAAUGUUUCACCAAAUUCUUGGUAAACUACAACUGAAACUUACUUUUUAUACUUAAGAGAAGCAAUUGUUACAAUAGAGGAAUUUUCCAUUUUUGUUAAUUUUACAAUAUCGUAAAUUAGUUUAUCUGUUUAAGAAAAUUUAAAGUGACAGAAUCACCGUGUCUGUGAAACAGCACCACUCACUCAUUUGGCUCAUUUUUGAAUAAAAUGAUGACUGAAGGAUGUACAUUUUAAAAAGUACUCUCUGUAUAAUCAGCUGCACACCAGGAAAUUUUACCGCGUUUUAACCAAUUUUAAUGUUAGUACGAGGUAGUGGCGAGGCAUGAAUGAUCGAUUUUCAAGAUUUCCCCAUUUGAGGCUGUGGUAAAAAAUCGAUUAUUAAGGUGUUCGUUGUGAACACCUUGUUUAUCGAUCCUUUUCCAUAGGUUUAAAUGGCAAAUCAAUCUAUACAUCGCAAAACACGUCACGCCACUGGUACAAGGUUUGCCAGAAGUACCAUGGCAGAGGCGGAUUCAUCAAGUUGGAAAAAAAUGGCUUUCCUUCGUUUAAACCUGUGCUGAAUAAUCGAUUUUUGUAGAGGCACACAGUCCUAUCAAAAAUCGAUACAUUUCCAUAGGUUUAAAUGGAGCGAAAUCAAUGUUGUCACCUUGCUGAAUCCGCCAACAUACCAUGGUACAACGUCUACUUGUCUAAGGAAAUGAAUUAAGUAGUAGAAUUUUUCCACGAAUCUACAAGAUCAUAAGAAACAUUGAAACUUCUUUUGGAGAGAUGUAUAAAAUUGAGACACUUUGUGACUGCAUUCAAAAGUGUUUGAGUUACCCAGCUUUUGAUGUUAUUAUAAAACUUUUUGUUAUUAUUACCUCAGCUGAAUAUAUUUUCCGUAUAUUUAAAAGGUUUUUUCAGUGCAAAAUUGUGAUAAAUUCUUCUAAAAUGAGCGAAUGGAGCCCAACUAAUAACAUUCUAAUGUGUGACCGUUCACAACGAAAAGGACUUGAGUCUAUGAUGACAUAAUUUUCAGUUAAGUGAUUUCUGCCGUCGAAAAAUCGGAUGUUGAGAUUACGAGGAGAAAUUGACUCUAGUGUUUAAUGGAAUACACUUGAUCCUUUUCUUUUCUUUCUUUCUUUUUUAUUUUUUUCCCUCUUUUUUUACACCGACAGAGGGAAUAAGGUCCCAUUUACAUUCGUCAAUUUUGAGCUUCAAACAUGGCAGAUCAGAACCUUAAAUUCAUUUUCGUUGACGAGACGAUUCUUGAACUGUAAAUUGUAAAACAUUUUAUCCAACAAUUUUACCGCAAAUGGGUAACGGAAUUUUUAAAAAAAAAUUGUUUUUCAUAUUUUUGAAGUUUCCUCUCCAGACUCCUUUUGUAAAACACUCCUUUAUGCCUCCAUCAAUGACUCAAGUUUGAGUUUUUGGACUCAAGUUCCUUUCCCAACAGGCGGUCACAUAUGCAUCUCUGAUUAAAAAAAUUCUAAGUUGACGAUUUUAUUGGAGUGGAACUAACAGAAUUGAGAUUAUGUCAUAAUAGUUUCGAAAAUAUCAAGGAAAAAAGUUUUAUUAAUAUGGGCUCUGCCUCCUUAAGUUUCCAUUUUUUUUCAAGGUCAUACAUCAUAGCAAUCUUCCAGAGCUAUUCACAUGAUUAUUUGACCGUUCACAGGAGGUGAAAAUUUGAAAAUGCUUUCUUCAAAUUUGAGAAUAGGGUGUAUUUAUGCUAAAAGGAACUUUGUCUCAUGCAAAUCAUUUGUACAUAGUUCCUUUUAGUAUAAAUACAUCCAAUUAUGCCUCAGAUUAGUUAUUUCAGACCCCAUCCUUUGACCACCAUUGUAAAAAUAAAUCGUCCCCCAAGGACAAAAACUGAAAGGACGAUUUCGUCGAAAGAGGACGAUUUAUUUUUGAUGGGACAGUUCCUUUGCUCCACCAACAAUUUUUCUUUUUACUUUCACUUGUGGUGAAAAGGUUCUUUUCUUACAUUUUGAUCAUGAAAUAAGUUGUGGAACGAUUGUGAAUUUUUUACAAUGAAUUUUUUACCGAUAAACUUACACGUAAGCAAUGGCGUUCGUCGUCACAUUUGUAUACUUUCAUGGACAUUGGAAAAUUAGAUCCUACGAGUUUCAAGUCAAGAGUUGAUACAAAUUAGAUUUUAUUUUACAUCCUUAAGCAUUACGUAUAUUUUUUAAAACAAGAAAUUUGCGUUGCUUUUAAAUGUUUGUUCAUUGAGAGAGUUUUUUCCAUUUUCAUUCAGCUACUUAUUGAUUUUUUGCAUCGUCAUAAUUUCAUAAGAUUAACAGCAGCCAUUUUUAGCCUCCUCUCGAAAAAAUUUGGUACAGAUUUAGAUGAUUUGUAUUGAUCUAAUGGUGUUCUGUUUCCGAGUUUAGGAUGCCACACUUUUCAAAGUAUAUAUAAAAUGUUGUAACAUUUAAUAUAUUCUCAGAGAAUGAGGGAGAAUUUUCUUUCGAAUACGUCUGUCGCUACUAUAUUUUUAUACUUUUCUAUUUUUGUAAGAAUGAGGUUUAACAAGUUCUUAACAUUUCCCAUUUACUUUCUUUUGUGAACUUUUUUAGCUUUUUUUUCUUGAGUCACCCACUAAGAGACAAUUUUUGUAACUUACAGAUGAAUAAAACUUGACAUUUUAACGUUUCAUCGUAAAAUUUAUGGGGAUAGUUAGUAAAGAAUGUAUUUCUUUGAAUGGAGAUUACAUCUAUCUGAGAAAGAAAACUCCUUCAAACGCACAUGAUGCAACUUUACAUGCUGUUGAGAGUGAUAGCCCGUCAAUUCCGAGAUGCAAAGCAUUGUGGAGAGCCAAAAUGAGGUACUUUUGUUAAGACACUGAUCUUAUUACAAUACUAGAAGGGGAUGUAUUAUUUAAACAAGUUAAUAACUGCUACAACUUGAGGACAUAGUACUCGAAGGAAAAUAUUUAUGAAACUAUUACGAUGCAAUUCUAAGUUAAGGGCUUCUGGCAAAAUCGAACCACUGAAAAUGGGAAUUGCAAGUAUUAGAGUGUCAACAAUCCCUUGAUCUUAAAAUCCUCUUACUUUUAGCUUUUACUUCCUCCUUACUUUAAACUUUAAUUAAAGUUUCCCAUUGUCUAUUUCUAAUAUCUAUAUUAUUGGUUAAAAUUAUAAAAUUAUGAUGCAUGCGGAAAAAUACAGACUAUUGUCUAAAUCUUUGCACUACCACUUCAAAUGGUGAAAAUGUUACUUCCUGUUUUCUUCGCGAACAUAUUUAUUUCUAUCAUAGAGUUAACAGGAGAUUAUCUUUUUCUUUGAAGGCUUUCCGUUUAGUGGCGAUGCUUUAAAGUUGGCAACGCUGUUCCCCUCCAUUUGAAUCCAUUAUAAAUAUCGAUUUUAGGUGAGGCAAGUAGUCUCACCAAGAUUCGAUUGUUUUCAUACAUUUAAAUGGAAGAAAAACAGUGUUGCCAAAUUUCAAGAGUCGCCACUUUCUCCGUUUCAUCUCUAUUUUCAACUCAAAGCACAACGAACAAAUGUGAUUCUUUUCUCACCGUGUCUUCCAUAUCAUUCUUUCAACUUUACGAUUUAUUAUGAAUGAUACUUCUAGAAAAUUUUAGUAAAGGGAAAUGAUAAAAUAACCUACUCUAAAAAAUAUCUCACCAGCAGUGACUCUCUUAAAUUUUGAUGAGAGGAACUGCGCGUUACCGGAAAUUUCAAUGACUUUCAAAGGGUUGGCUCACAUUCUUUAAACAGGCAAAAUACAAAAAUUUCAAUUGUGAUUUGACAGUAGUUGGAAAAACUCUCUCUUCUCUCGUUUAAAAAGUGAGAGUAACUUUAAAUUUUUUGUGUUCAGUUUAUUUUCCUGUUUCAUAUUUUAGUUAUUUUCAUAUGAGGAAAUAUGCUUUCUUUAAGUAAAUUAGGUUAAAUUUAGGUUUUGACUUAAAAUGUCAAAUAUUUAAUUAAUUGUUAUGUUAUGUCCGUUUUUGUUUUCAUUUUUUUGCAACGUUUGACAACUCAAACGUGGAUAAGGAUUCUGUGAUAUCAUAAAAUCUGUUUUUCUUCUCUUUGUCUCAUAUUUCUUUUCUUUUCCCGUUCUUUGUGUAAAUAAUCUGUACAUAAGUCUCUAAUUUUGCGUUCUGAUUAUGGAUUGUGAUAUACUGUACAUAUUAAAUAAACAAUCUUGAAACUCUA